GCUUCCGCCGCCGCCUGCCACCCGCAGGUAGUGGUGCGGAGCGCCGAGCUCCGAGAACGGCGCUGGGUGAGGGGCUGCUGGUGGCCGCGCAGCCUCGGUAGGCGAUAUGAGUUUGGCUGGCGGCCGGGCUCCCCGGAAGACCGCGGGGAAUCGGCUUUCUGGGCUUCUGGAGGCCGAGGAGGAAGAUGAAUUCUACCAGACGACUUAUGGGGGUUUCACGGAGGAAUCAGGAGAUGAUGAAUAUCAAGGGGAUCAGUCAGACACAGAGGAUGAGGUGGACUCUGACUUUGACAUUGAUGAGGGGGAUGAACCAUCCAGUGAUGGAGAAGCAGAAGAGCCAAGAAGGAAGCGCCGAGUAGUCACCAAAGCCUAUAAGGAGCCUCUCAAGAGCUUGAGGCCUCGCAAGGCCAGCACCCCAGCUGGUAGCUCUCAGAAGGCCCGAGAAGAGAAGGCACUGCUACCUCUAGAACUCCAGGAUGAUGGCUCUGACAGCCGGAAGUCCAUGCGUCAGUCUACAGCUGAACAUACACGACAAACAUUCCUGCGGGUACAGGAAAGGCAGGGCCAGUCACGGCGGCGAAAGGGGCCCCACUGUGAGCGGCCACUGACCCAGGAGGAGCUGCUCAGGGAGGCCAAGAUCACAGAGGAGCUCAACUUACGUUCACUUGAGACAUAUGAGCGCCUGGAGGCUGACAAAAAGAAGCAGGUUCACAAGAAGAGGAAGUGCCCUGGGCCUACAAUCACCUAUCAUUCGGUGACAGUGCCGCUGGUGGAGCCGGGCCCUAAAGAAGAGAAUGUCGAUGUGGAAGGACUUGAUCCCGCUCCCACGGCUCCCCGUGCCGGGGCUGGACCCGUCAUCCCUCCUGCUCGCUGCUCACGCACCUUCAUCACUUUCAGCGAUGAUGCGACAUUCGAGGAAUGGUUUCCCCAAGUGCGGCCCCCAAAGGUCCCUGUUCGGGAGGUCUGCCCGGUGACCCACCGUCCAGCCCUCUACCGGGACCCUGUUACAGACAUACCCUACGCCACUGCUCGAGCUUUCAAGAUCAUCCGUGAGGCCUACAAGAAGUACAUCACUGCCCACGGACUGCCGCCCGCUGCCUCCGCCCUGGGCCCAGGCCCACCACCUCCUGAGCCCCUCCCUGGCUCUGGGCCUCGAGCCUUGCGCCAGAAAAUCGUCAUCAAAUGAAGAGAUGUCUGUUUCUUAAAACCUCUUUCCUGCCCAACUCGGGCUCUCAGUGUCCCCCUCCACUCUCCAUUUCUCCCUUUGUCAUCUCUAAUCUUUGCCCAGCCCUUGUCUAUAUUUCUUUUGCCAUCUUUUCCCCUAGUUCCUACUGGUUUUGUUUGUGUUUUUUAAUCCAAUAAAAUAGAAGGAUCCCUUU